AUGAACGGAUCGACGGGACCAGCGUUUCCAUUUCUGACAGUGCUGGCUAGCGGCGGGCACACCCUACUGAUCAGCUCAAUGAGUCUUGUCGCGCAUACCAUUCUCGCGUCCACUCAGGAUAUUGCACUCGGAGAUUGUUUGGACAAAGCCGCUCGUACCAUUCUGCCGCCCAGGCUGCUACAAGCUCCCUACGGCAGAGCUCUGGAGCAGUUCGCGUUUGACGGCAGUGAUCCUGAGUAUGGGUAUACGCCGCCAUCUCGACGACAGGAAGAGCUGCGUCCUAGGAAGACCCAAUGGAACUGGGCCCUCACUCCGCCGCUGUCUGCUUCCAAAAGCGGCGAGAAGACUUCACGGAGAAUGUGUUUCUCAUUCAGCGGCUUACUCAAUAACGUCGAGCGCUUCAUGACUCGAGCAAUAAACCCUGAUGGUCGUUCUACCAUGGACGCACGUAAUCCAGAGGAGAUCAGUAUCGAAGAGCGGCAGGAAAUGGCCCGCGAAGUGCAACGAGUGGCAUUCGAACACCUCACCUCGCGUAUACUUUUGCAUCUCACUGGUGCAGGUGACAAUGUCAAGACCAUUGUCGUAUCAGGCGGCGUCGCAUCGAACAGCUUCCUCCGACAUGUUCUGCGCUCAACUCUGGAUGCCCAAGGCUUCGCAGAUAUCCGCAUUGAGAUUCCUCCCAUCAGCCUCUGCACAGAUAACGCUUUGAUGAUAGCAUGGGCCGCAAUUGAAAUGUGGCAGGCCGGUUACCGCACUUCGCUGGAGGUGCAGCCUAUUCGCAGAUGGGCUAUGGACGAAAUAGCUCCUGAAUACAUAUUUGCGUCGUAG